GCAUGAAUAACGACCAUCAAUAUUAGCUGCAGCUGGAGACUGUCAAUAUUGUAUUUUUUGAGAGAAGCAACACUUAGGGAACGAAGAUUUGAAACAAAUUAUGGCAUCAUCGUACAAAUUCGAUUCUCAAUUUGUCUUCGGAUGUAUUUGUUUUGUUAAGUGAGUAGUCACCGUGGCUAUUUGGCCUAAAUUUUAUGCCGUGAUAAGCUUCCGUACCGUUACAAAGCAGGUCUGCAAAAGUACGUUCACCUGCCACCGGCAUUAUAUUCGAGGCGUGAUCUUGCAAGAAUUGUAGUUUGGCCGCUGAGCUGAGCAUUUCUAUCUCCUCUCUUCGCUUCAAACUGAAUUUACCACCCACAAUGUCUGCCAAAAGUGUCAAGGCAAAGUGCAUGCUUCAUGGAGAGACGGUGAAGGGACAACUUACUUUCGAACAAGAAGAGGGUGGACCUGUCAAAGUGACUGGUGAUGUGACUGGGCUGGCACCGGGUAAGCAUGGAUUCCACGUCCACGAGUUCGGGGACUACACCGGUGGCUGCACCAGCACCGGCGGCCAUUUCAACCCAUUCAAAAAGAACCACGGGGCACCGACGGAUGAAGAGAGGCACAUUGGAGAUCUGGGCAACGUGGAAGCCGGCUCAGAUGGCACAGUGAGCGUGAACAUCACGGAUAAAAUGAUCUCUCUGAUCGGUCCAAAUUCCAUCAUUGGCCGUGCAGUUGUGGUGCACGCCGAUGUGGAUGAUCUAGGCAAGGGCGGUCACGAACUAAGCCUGACCACAGGCAACGCUGGUGGACGUCUUUCCUGUGGCGUCAUUGGUAUCAGCAAGUAAAAAAAAACAAACAAGCAGCCUGGGCUCGCCACGUGCAAGACAUAAACUCGCAGAGUUCACCCUUCAGCAUAACCAGUUUAUUGUGGUGUUGGGCUUGUCUGAAUAAUUUGAUCAAGUUUGUUUACUGAUUUUGUGGAGGAGGGGAUCGGUCAUUGUUCACCUGAUCGUAAAUUUGUGUGUGUGUGCAAAUUCUGACAUAAAAUGUUGGUGAAGAAAAACCUAUAUGCGUGAUGAAUAAGUAACUAUUUCAACCAAAUUAGAAGUUCACAAAGUGUUGUAGGAUUUUUCUGCUUUUAGGGUGUAGCUAGACAGUAGCAUUUGCACAAAUAGCCAGUUUUGAGUUUGAACGUCUAAGAGGCUGUUCAUGUUUCCAAUUACUUGGGGAUGGCCAGAUUUUGAUAAAAAUUCGCCAUAAAGACCCUAAGACUAUGGUGAUUAUGUUUUGAAAACUUUUAAGGUAAUUUAAUUCAUGUCAUGCAACAGAUGGAAGUUGUCAACCUUGAACGUUAGUGUAGCACUUGCUUUAGAGUUCGAACAUCAGAAAUUAUGUACCGAAAAAAAAACCCUUGUGUAUCAGUGGUGCCCACUUUGCAGAAGUGAUUUUUGUUAUUAAAAGUAAACUGAGAGGAAAGAAAAA